AUGUCCGAUACGUUAGAGAGGAAUCGUGGGGAGAAAGCACAUUUAACUAAGACGCCUUCUCACAGUCAAGUAUUUUUACAUAAAACGAAUACAAAUUUAAUUAAAAGUUACGCCGAUAAAAACGAAAAUCAUGUAACAAAGUCCUUACAAAAAGGACGGAAGACAUUUGCGUUUUGGACUCUCCUUUGUUUGUUAUUUGUGCUGGCUAUUGGGAAUUUAAUUUUAACUUUCACCAUUUUAGCAGUAGUGAGACUUGGAGAUGGUUUGGAGAGCAUGGAGUUCUUAACAGAACAUAAUGCUAUAAAGUUUUUUGGUGAAACAAAUUUAGACCAUGUUUACAAAAGAGAUGGACUGAUUGAAAGCUUUCAAGACACACCCAUGAGUAUAACCAGCGAGAAUGGAUCUGUGUUAUUUAAUUUAUUAACAAGACUUUCCCGUUCAGACACAAAGCUAGUGGUGAACACGUCAGGUAUCUUCAUCAAAGGAGUACAUUCAUUAGAGUUGAUGGACCCUGAAACUGGGGAGCAAGUGUUCAGCACGGCCAACCCCGAGGUUACCAUUACUGAUGUCAUAAAGAAUUUACAUGCAAAGCAAGUAUCAACCAAACGGAUCUCAUCACCUGUGGACGAGGACCUGACCUUCCGCUCCGAGACGUCAGCCUACCUCCGAGGGUCUGAAGGCACCCACAUGGAGUCCAAGGAACUGUAUUGGAGUGCAGACCAGGAUAUCUACCUGAAGUCCAUCAACGGUUCAGUAGUGCUCAGCGGAAAGGAGGGGGUCUUCAUAGAUGUGAGAUAUCUUCCCAUAGCAUUGCCAUUGAAUAAGGAGAAAUACCAUGGCACAGGGCAGUUUAAGGUGUGUGUUUGUAUGCCACAGGGCAAGUUGUUCAGGAUAGCGGUGCCUAACGGAUUGAAAGUGACAUGUUCUCAUGUCAAUAUGACUGGAGAGUUGAAUCCUUGCGCU